GCACUGCUGGGCACAGGUAGGUGGCACUUCUGGGCACAGGUGGUGACACUGCUGGGGUGGCACAGGUGGGCGCACUGCUGGGCACAGGUGGGUGCAUUUCUGGGCACAGGUGGGCGCACUGCUGGGCACAGGUGGGUGCACUGCUGGGCACAGGUGGGCGGAACUGUGGGUGCACUGCUGGGCACCGAUCAUCAGGGCACUGGUGGGACACAGCUGAUCAAGUGAUGUGGUAAAAGGCCAAUCACAGCGGCCUUUUACCACAUGAUCAGCUGUGUCCAAUGACACAGCAGAUCACCGGGUAAAUAAAGUUGCCGAUUAUUGGCUGCACUUUUUUCACUCUGUCACAGCGUGAGGAAAGUACUGCCGAUGACCGGCAAUUG